UUUCACUGGUGUUGUUUGCGUGCUUUUUUUGGUUUGAUUAUGCAGCGACGGGACGUGGGCAACGGUAGUCGUGUGCGGUCUCGCCGCACUAGUCAUCAUCAUCGGAACUGUGCUUGCCUUCGCCACCGGGGAUGCCAAUGAAGUUACUAAGGAAGACGAAGGACCUUCUCGUAGAGGUGCUGGCUAUAGGGACACAGGGAGUGUGUCCGCUGGAUUGGACGGCGCUACCGUGGUGCCGCUAAUCGGUGUCCCAGUGCCUGAGGGGCCACGUGAUCCAGUGUCACAACAGCCGAGAAGCCCAGCCUUUCAUCCGAGGAGCGGUUCGAACCCUCGAGCGCGAGCUGGCGUAGAAGAAGAUUCACCUGGCAACGCUGCUUCAGAGGAACUGCGUGGACGAUCAGGCGGUUCUCCUGGUCUCGUCGCCCCACCGGCGUCAACAGUGUCCACCCAACGGCCCGGCAUUACGGUCUGCGUAGUCGGUGAGACCUUUGCCAGUGAAUCGCUCUUUAGCGGUGGCUGGUGUGACUACGCAAUUUACCCUGACCUCGAAGUCUCUGGCUCCGAGUUCUCUCCACGCCACGGUCAGUCAUCUUGGAGGGCCUUCAAGAAGGCCAUUGCACUUCAACCUAACAUGGGAGCCGGCGUGAGCUUCUCUCUGCGUGACCUCGGAAAUUCCGCCAGCACGGUGGCAUCUCUGCCUGGCAUGAGCCGCGAGCUUGCCCAGCUUGUGCGGAGGAUGAACAUAUCUGCCAUGGGUGUGCUCAACUUUGCACGACAUCUUGGCAUCAGCACAACUACGCUUGCCACCGCGUUUAAGGUCAUGAACGCCGCCUUGAAACAACAGAGCUACAUAGAGUGGAUGACUUUCCUGGGGGCGGUGCUGAUCAACAAGCAAUCAAGAAUUGACUUUGUUAAUGAAGUGCACAACAUGGAGUACCUCACCACGAUCAUUGUACAGACCCACCUACACGGUGACCCUGAAGCCCGGCCGCAUGUCUCUUCAACGAACCAUUGCCGCGUUUUUCCGGUAUCAGCGAUCAGUUCCCAGUCACCUCACCAAGACUUCACCGGCGCUGUGGAUGUCAUGUACACUUUGCGGAUGAAUGGCGACAAGUACCGCGUGUUGUUCUCUUCCACGAUGGCCGUCAUGGUGUUCGUGGGUACUGCGGAGUCUGGCGCACCGAUGAAGGCGUACGAUCUGUGCGAACGCGCCUUCAUGAUGGACUACGAAGUCACGUGCAACGCCACGCUCACCAACGGACGGAAAAUCUAUGACCACAGGAACAAGUGCGCCUACGUCACCUUCCGGAACGGCGGCCAUCGCUACUUCGCGGCGUACGAGUCUGAUGAGUCAUUAACAGAAAAGCUCAACAGGUAUGUUCGCACCUUUUCUGAAGGAUGGGCGAUCUUCGAGGUCCAGCGAGACGUGUGGAAGUCCUGCCUUGAGAAUGACUACAUUCGCCUGGAACUGAUUGCGGUAAAUGCGCGCUAUAAUACCUCGUCAACACUGACGGCAAGUCACGGCAGAUAGCCGGGCGACAACAGGAACCUGCAAGGACAGUGCGUUUGGGGUCUAGGACUCGCAGCUCCAAGCGCCUACCUUUACCAUCUUCGGAAGAGAGGCUAGUGACGACAACUGUGUCCACGCUAUGAGCAACGGACAUGUGUGCUGAAAUAAUUAAAGAGUACGACGAACGUUU